CUGAGCUUCACCAUCCAUCCUGUCGUCGGCCGCAGCAUUUCCUAAAUUUUCGGCAGAGAAUAACUGCCCAAAAAUUGCCAUGGGCAAGUUGUGAUACGAGUCUAAGAUACCAAGCGCAGAAUGGCGCUCGAUCAAUCUAGCAGCUAUGUUGCACCGACCAAUUUGCCAGAGACACAAGAUGCUUCGCAGCCUAUCUUUGAUGUUCGACCUGUUCAGCUCCAAUUCGCAGUCGGGGCAGACUUUGUUGCUGCUCAAGUCGCAAAUAAUGUUUUGAUUCUAGCCCUGGCUACUGGGAGAAUCCUUCGCAUUGAUUUGGACUCCCCGGAGGAUAUUGAUGAUAUCGAUCUUCCAAAGAAAUCCUCUGAGACUGGUCUCAUUCGUCGCCUCUUUCUUGACCCUUCCGCUUCUCAUCUAAUAAUAACCACUACGCUUGGCGACAAUUACUACCUUCACACCCAAUCCCGUCAACCAAAGCCAUUGUCGCGGCUGAAAGGCUUGAUAGAAAGCAUUGCCUGGAACCCGUCAUUGCCGACUGCAUCUACUAGAGAGAUUCUCGUCGGAGUCACAGAUGGGCAUGUGUACGAAGUAUACAUCGAACCUACCACUGAAUUUUACCGCCGUGAGGAGCGAUAUGUUACAAGCGUCUAUCGAGUAUCUGAUACUUCCAUCACGGGAAUUUUUGCCGAACUAACACCUGCCAAACCCGAACAAAGGGAGGUUAUCAUUGCUACGUCAAGUAAACUUCUGCAUUUUUCAGGACAUGUCGGACGGCAUGGGAAAGAUGGAGUUUAUGCGGAGCUAUUCCAAAGAAAUACACCCACAGUACAUGAGAUUGAGGACGUAAACAAGUCAGCACCAUCGUCAUUGGCGAUAUCUCCGGAACCUGCUGAGGAUUAUCAUGGAGUAGGUCAGUCACCCGAAAGGUUAUUUGCGUGGCUUUCCUCCGAAGGUGUACUUCAUGGUUCGUUGGAUCACACAUCGUCAGAUACCAGCAAAUCAAUAAAAAAUGCCAAACUGCUUCCUCGGACGGCCUUUCCUGCUACAGAGUCUGCACGGGGUGGGAAAAAGCUGAUUCAAGAUCCAAUCACGGCUAUAACCUUAACACAGUGGCAUCUCCUUGCUUUGGUGGAAGGUCGCGUAGUCGCUGUGAACCUUCUAAGCGGCGAAAGCGUGUAUGAUCAGGCGGUACUUGAGCCUCGCCAGACUGUACUUGGACUUCUGAAUGAUCGUGCAAAGAAUACAUUCUGGCUCUUCACUCCCCAGGAAAUUUUCGAAGUAGUGGCAGAGGACGAAGACCGGGAUUUGUGGCGCAUUUUCCUAAAAGAACAGAGGUUUGAUGAGGCUCUCCAACAUGCACAAGGCUCUGCGCAAAGAGAUGCUAUUGCUACUGCGUCUGGGGACUACCUUGCCAGCAAAGGCAACUACCUAGAAGCAGCCGCUGUUUGGGGGAAGAGCAGCAAGGGUUUUGAGGAAGUGUGCCUGACUUUGAUAAAUAGCGGCGAGCACGAUGCUCUACGAAAAUAUCUUCUUACACGUCUUGGUAGCUACAAGAAAUCAUCGAUUAUGCAGCGCCUGAUGAUCACAAGCUGGCUCAUCGAAGUCUUUAUGGCGAAACUAAACUCCUUGGACGAUACUAUAGCAACGAAGGCUGAGCUUACCGAAGGCACAAGCACAGGGGAGUCUAAAGCACACCUAGACGAUGUUCGAGCGGAGUUUGAAGACUUCGUCACGCGUCAUAAAUCAGACCUGGACCAAAAGACCGUCUACGACAUUAUCAGCAGCCAUGGGCGGGAGAAAGAGCUUCUCUUUUUUGCAAAUGUCUCAAAUGAUUACAAUUAUGUUCUUUCUUACUGGAUACAACGUGAGAAAUGGACCGAAGCAUUGAAUGUGUUGCAGAGACAGACUGAUGCUGAAGUCUUCUACAAGUACAGCACUGUUUUAAUGGCUCAUGCCGCAGCUGGCCUUGUUGAUAUCAUAAUGCGCCAGACUAAUCUUGACCCCGAAAAGUUGAUACCUGCCUUGCUUAGCUACAACAAUGCUACACAGAUACCUCUCAACCAAAACCAAGCAGUUCGCUAUCUCACUUUCAUUAUCGCCAACCACCCUCGUCCGACGGCAGCAGUCCAUAAUACUUUAAUUUCCAUUUAUGCUUCAAGUCCCUCCUCCAACGAGGCAGCGCUUCUUAACUACCUUGAGUCACAGUCAUCAGAUCCGCCCCCUUAUGACGCAGAUUUUGCGCUCCGUCUGUGUAUUCAACAUGAACGAGUACAGUCUUGCAUUCAUAUCUACAGCUCAAUGGGCCAGUACUUACAAGCUGUUGAGCUGGCUUUGAAAUACAACGAUAUAGAGCUCGCCGCAAUCGUCGCUGACCGACCCGAAGGUAACGACAAGCUACGCAAAAAGCUAUGGCUGCUUGUCGCAGAGAGAAAGAUCCGCCAACCCGGUACCGGUAUAAAAGAUGCCAUUGAGUUCCUCCGACGAUGUGAACUCCUCCGCAUCGAAGACAUGAUCCCCUUCUUUCCUGACUUUGUUGUUAUUGAUGACUUUAAAGAUGAGAUUUGCAAGGCGCUGGAAGACUACUCGAUCCAUAUCGAUGAGUUGCGACAAGAGAUGGAUAAUUCUGCGCAGACUGCAGGCCAAAUCAGAGCCGAGAUUGCUGGGUUAGAUGCCCGAUACGCUAUCGUCGAACCAGGGGAGAAAUGCUGGAUCUGUUCACUCCCUUUGUUGAGUCGCCAAUUCUUCGUCUUCCCCUGCCAGCACGCUUUUCACAGCGACUGUCUUGGGAAGGAAGUUCUGGAGGGUGCUGGAGGAAAGAAGCGGUAUAUACGAGACCUGCAAGCGCAACUCAACACGGGGGACAUUGCGGCAAAGAAGAGGGAAAAUAUUAUUAAGGAGUUAGAUUCAUUAAUUGCGGAGGCAUGGUAAGCAUGAAAUCUUUUUUCUGCCUUGCGAAACAUGGUUUGCUAAUGAUUGUUUACUAGUAUACUGUGCGGCGAUCACGGUGUCAAGCAAAUAGAUAAGCCGUUCAUAACAGAGUCGGAUAAUACCGACGAGUGGAAGCUAUAAUAUCCGCAUAUAUGUAUAUAUCAUAGCGAUACCUAGGGCUAAUCCACCAAUUGAUGGCAUGAACGUUUUGAUGAUACGGAUGUGCGAUGACAGUAGACUCAGGUGUAAGGUAAGCCUCUAUCAAGGUGCGUCAAUGGCAUUGUAUUGGGAGGAGUUAUGUCGGCUGGCUGGAUAUUGUUGAGUCUGGAGUGUACAAAUUUUGUCUAGAGAUGUACUUGCGUUGAUCUAACAGCUUAAUUUGCUUAUAAGAGGCUCAUUGUCAGCCCGGAUAUUCAAUAACAAUACAUUGAUCACAUAGGAAGAAUAUAUAUUAUUCAUUAAGUUCAUUAGGUUUGGUUACU